UCUAUGGGGUUGAAGAACUCCGAAGUCCUAGAACUCCGAAAGAGCUUUUACAGAAAGAAUUCUAUGCGAAGCUCAACGGUUUUACUAUUUACAGCGGAUUCGUCGCAAUGAAAUUACAAUUCCGAUACCUUAUUUCUCUAUCUCUCUCUCUUUUCUUUCUCAGAAAUUAUUUUUAUUAAUAUAUAAAGUGAUAUAUUUAUGAUUCCGACGACCGCGCGCGAUUCGCGAAUGGAAUCGUCUCACGGUUCUUCGCUCCAUCGUCCUUAUUCGCAAUGUUGAUGUUAAAAGUUCCGUCUGGGCCGUCGAGCGGUUCACACGUCUUCCGACGGAAGAUAAAUUUUUGAUCCUGCGGGAUUGCAUCAUCCCGCGCGUGGCCCGGUCCGCCCGGUUACCGGGCCAUUGCAUCGUUCAAUUCACUACAUUCCAAGCAACACCAUUAAGUCUAUUGGUUCGACGUGGCCGUGUCGGCUCAGUGUCUGUGAGCCGGGAGCCAAUAACCAGAGAAGAAGAUGUUGAUGUUAACACUCUUAUUGCUGCCGCUGGCUCUUCUCGCGCGUAAACUCUACCUGAAGAAAUUCAAGUCCACCAAGAAUGUCUGCGUGCUGGUGCUCGGUGACAUCGGCAGAAGCCCGCGAAUGCAGUACCACGCGAUCUCCUUCGCGCGGGAGGGCUUCACCGUGGAUGUUGUAGGUUACCCCGGCUCGUCGCCGUCGAAGGAAAUCAGCGAAAAUGAGCGCGUACGGGUUCACUACCUGCGACCGCCUCCGGAGUUGCAGAACAGAUUGCCACGUCUUCUCUGUUACAUUAUAAAAGUGGUAUGGCAAACGGCUGAUCUCUCAUGGCUGUUACUUCGCAAACGCAUAUCAAACUCGCUGAUAGCGCAGAAUCCACCCGCGAUACCAACCAUCCCGGUAUGCUGGCUUUAUUGUGUGCUAAUGAAGGCGCAGUUCACGAUUGAUUGGCAUAAUUAUGCCCACUCGCUCAUGGCACUGAACCUGGGACAGGAUCAUGCCCUGGUUAGAUUUGCAAGAGUUAUCGAGACGACGUUUGGCUGCAGAGCAAAGUAUAAUUUCUGCGUCACUAAAGCGAUGAAGGAAGAUUUGGAAAAGAAAUGGGCUAUUCAAGCAAAAAUCCUGUAUGACAGACCAGCGGAUGAAUUUCAUCCAAUAACUUUGACAGAGAAAAAUGAGUUUCUGCACAAAUUAACUGAAAAGUAUGACAUAUUGAUACCCAGUUCACCCAGAACCGGCUUUGUUAUAUCCAGCACUAGUUGGACCGAGGAUGAAGAUUUCUCAGUUCUAUUAAGCGCUUUAUUCGAGUACGAAAACGCGUGCAUAACUAGCGAGUUAAACUUGCCGGACUUGGUCUGUGCGAUUACAGGCAAAGGACCGUUAAAGGACUUCUACAUGGCAAUCAUUAAUUUAACAAAGUUUAAACAUAUCACAGUAAAGACGCCGUGGCUUGAGAAUGAGGAUUAUCCCAAAAUACUAGCUAGCGCAGACUUAGGUGUGUGCCUUCAUACCUCAUCCAGCGGACUGGAUUUGCCUAUGAAAGUUGUUGACAUGUUUGGCUGCCGUUUGCCAGUUUGCGCAUACAAUUAUAAUUGUUUAUCAGAACUGGUCAGGCACAAUGAGAACAGUUUGACAUUUGCGGACGAGAAGGAACUGGCUGAGCAAUUGAAAAUGUGGUUUCAAGAUUUCCCGAACAAUAAGUCACAACGGCAGUUGCGUGAAAAAUUUCAAGGAAACAUGUUUACAUCUCAGCAUGAUAAUUGGCACAGUAAUUGGAAACUCAUUGUGUUGCCCUGUUUUCAAGAGUGAUUUCCACUGCAGUUUGAUGUUUCUUAAUAUAAGUUUGUACAUAUGCUAUGUAUUCCUCUACGCUAUUAUGCAUAGUAGCAUAAGUGUGAUAUUUUAUUAUGUUAUAGUAUAAGAUUUCGAUUACAUCUGUGAAAGUACAGACCACUAGACUAGAAUUUUACGCUGAUUUUUUGUUUCAUGUAUUUAACAUCUAACUUUUUCAAAGAGUUUAAUUUUGUUUAUAUUAAUAUACAAUUAAUAUAUUUUAUGGCUUACUAAUAGCAAAUGACACAUAUAUGAUAUUCAAGCUGUGUUAAGAGAAACCAAUAACAUCACACAGUUAUGUUCGAUUGUCUUGACAUACUCAUUAUUGUGUGCUUGAUAUUUUCAAUUUUUUCUGAGAAAUAAGAAGGUCCAAUCUUGACAGCAACAACGCUUAUACCGCUAGCUAUACAACACGCUCGACCGAGUUGUUCCGUCUUACAUGCAUAGAUGUAAGGUACACCUUUUGUUUCCGCUAGCUUUGUCAAACGUGUCAAAAGAUCUAAUGGUGUCGUUAAAUGCGUUGCAUUUUCGGCAAGUACAAUAAAUUCCGUCAAGUUUCGUUCCA